AUGAAGCCCGACUCCGUACACUCUUCUUCCUCAAGUUGUACAAUAUCUACGGGUGCCUGUGCUUCUCCGGCUAGAAGGGAUCCUCUACGUUGCCAGUCCAAUGCUAUUAUUUCCACAAACCUCAUCAGUGACACAAUGCUAAAUGCUGCGAAUGCAGCGAAUGGCAAUGACUCGACUAGUAACAUCCCGGUGAAACAAGACAGUGCGAAUGCAAAUGCGACUGAAGAUAAAGACGAGACCGCUAUAAAGAUGGACGAAACGAAUACUGGUGAAAAUAUUGACAAUGAAACGCAUCCUGCAGAAGCAGGAAGUUGCCAGCAGAGAGUUUCGAAUCAGCAUGUCAAGACUGAAUCUCAAAUCAAACAGGAUGGCACAAAUAUUGAGAAAUAA